AACGGUCCCCUUCUCUGUGGUACCCUUUUAACUCUUUUAAACUGCCUACCCCAUUCUAGAAACCAAUAGACCGUAGGAUUGAACAGCGAUCAUUUUCGUGGUGGUCGAUUCAAAAGCUAGUACCACUUCCAGGUGUUCAAAUAGUUGUACCAAACCGUUCAGGCGGACUAUUUGAUUUACGCAACAAAACCCCAAUUUAGUUUUCGGCUUUUUCUUAUAUUUCUUACACACAGUACGCGGCAGUACUGAUUGGUACUGAUAUUGUCGUGGAAUUUUCGUGCGUAGUCAACUUUGCGUACCGAGUUUUUUGUAUAUUUGUAUUUGGCGGUCGAAAGUGAUUAUUGUGGUUUUUCAAAAAUGUGUUAAGCAUGGAUAUUCGCCCAAUCACAGUUGGAAAAUAUUAGGACACUCAACAAGGCCCUUAUUGUCACACUAAGUCAUAAGUACUGAACCAAAAACAUCGGCACGAAUGGAUUGAAGUGUUAGCAAAUCAGUGAAUGGAAGCUGAAAUUUGAUAUCAAAAUAGGAACCAUGUUGGAGAAAUAUGGCCCUGGAUAAUUGGUUUUCAAACUGGCCCCCGCCAUUUUUAGAGCAGCCCUAUCAAGAACCCAUUAAAAACUUAUCAACCCAGUACCAUGGAGUUAAGCCUCCACCCAUCCACCAUUUUUUGCCGCUAUUCAUGUCCCUCAAUGUGCUGCAUCCACCAGAAAGAAAACCACAAACAAAUCAUAAGAACUUUGGCCAAUCUGUUUCAUUCCCUCCACAUGUUCCCUUCAAAAAGAGAAAAAGCAGGCCCGAUAAUCAACAAAAAGCCCAAUCCCACGUAUCAAGUACGAUUUUAGGAUUCAACAAUCCAUUCGAUGAAGAUGUGUGGCCGAAGAUACCAAUAGAAACUGAAAACUUCAAUGAAAAUUCAAAUUCUUGGACUAAUGAUGUAUCGGUAGAGACAGAAAAACCAAUUAUUAGAAAUUCGAGCAAUUAUAUUCCUUAUGAGGAAGAACAUAAACUGAAACCGUUGGAGGUCACUGGGCAUUUUAAGACAUGGUACAGAUGGAAAGUUUUGGAUUUUGCGUAUCCUUCAGCGUACGCCAGAUCCAGAGCUAUCUCCAACAAGCAGUAUAUUCCAGAAAACAAUUUGCCAUUAGGAAUAGAGGUUUACAAAAAUAGGAUUUUUAUUUCGAUGCCAAAAUGGAAACCCGGAGUACCUGUGACACUAGCACAACUACCGAGAGUACCUAAAGAAGAAUCGCCGUUAUUAGUACCUUAUCCCAAUUGGGAAUGGCAUUCAGAACGAACAUGUGAUGUAAUCACCUCAGUGUUUCGAAUGCAGGCGGAUAAUUGUGGAAGAUUGUGGGUGUUAGAUUCAGGAAAAAUAUCAAUCACAACGGAAGAAGCUAAACAGCACUGUCCCCCAAAAUUGCUCAUAUUUGAUCUGGAAACGGACGAGCUUUUAGACAAAUAUGUUUUUCCAGAUAGUUUCAUCAAAGAAGACGGUCUUUAUUCUAAUAUUAUACUUGAUAUGAGAAAUGAUAACUGUGACGAUAUUUAUGCCUAUAUGUCGGAUGUAUGGAGAUUUGGUUUAGUGACAUUUCGUUUACUCGACCAUCAUGCAUGGAGAGUGACAGAUCACUUGUUCUUCCCUGACCCUUUGGCAUCAUAUUACAAGUUACAUCAUUUGGAAUUUGAAUGGACGGAUGGGUUAUUUGGAUUAGCCUUGAGUCCCCUGGAUAAAUAUCACGAUGACAGAUUGUUAUACUUCCACCCUAUGUCUAGUUAUAGAGAAUUUUUGGUCAAGACUUCGUAUUUAAGGAACGAAACUCAUCAUGAUAAGGAUGUGUUUCAAGUCCUAGGUCAAAGUAGAGGACCAUCCAGCCAUAUUUCCUCAUCUGUAAUGGAUGACAACGGUAUUAUGUACCAUCUUCUAGUCACACGCGAUUCCAUUGGCUGCUGGGAUUCCAGGAAACCAUAUAGAAGAGAAAACUUAGGCAUUAUAGCAAAAAGCAGCAAGACGUUAGUUUUUCCUAACGAUAUUAGACUAGAUCAAGAAAAGAAGCAAAGUAUGUGGAUAAUCACCAACAGAUUGCCGUACUACCUUAUAGAAGGUUUGAACACGGAAAUGAUCAACUUCCGUGUAUUGUCAGCAUAUGCGGAUGAAUCCAUAAAAGGAACGAUCUGUGAUCCACAAGUGGGUACUAAGUAUCCAUAUUACCAACCUUCAAAUGAUCUUGACUGCUACUAAACUAACUACCUUAUUAUAUUUUUUAAUAAACUAAUACUUUUAUAUUAACAGUAGUUUUGUAUUAUUUUAUUUACACCAAUU